AUGGAUACUGUCGAAGAGAGAGAGCGUAGAUACGCCGGGGGUGGAGGCGGCGGUGGCGGUGGCUUCGGUUUUGGAGGUGGUUAUGGAUUCGGUGGGGGCGGCGGAGGUGGAGGGGGUGGGGGUGCAGGUAGUGGCGGAGGUCUCGGAUUCGACGCUAGUGCUGGACUGGCAGGACUGGCGUCAGGUUUAGGUGCCAUACAACAAGGCGUCCAUAGUGUCAUCGACAAAGCAGCUGGAUUAGGAAAAGGUGGUUUUGGAUUCGGCGCCGGCGGAGGUCUGGGUGCUGGUGGUGGUGCAGGAGCCGGUCUUGGUAGUGGUACCGGCGUUGGAGGAGGAUCUGGUUUCAGUGGAGGAAGGGGUUCAGGUUUCGGAGGCGGAAAAGGAAACGAACAAUUUAUACAGACUAGUUCACCUGACGGAAAGUCUGGGGGAUUCGCUUUCACUGGAACUUUUGAGAAUGGAGGCUACGGCGGAGGAGGCGGUUAUAGUAGUAAUGGAGGAGGUGCUAGUGGUGGCUUUGGCUCUGGUCUUGGAGGUGGAUGGAGGAAUGAGGAAAUAGCCAUAGUGGUGGAUAUGGUGGGAUCAUCUGGCAUUGGAGGUGAUGUAGGCAAUGGAAAUGGAGGUGGUCAAGGUGGUGGAUUUGGUGGAGCCAGUGGUCAUGGAAAUGGAGGUGGUCUUGGAGGUGGAGUGGGUGGUGGAUUUGGUGGAUCAGGUGGCUUAGGCAACGGAAACGGAGGUGGUAAAGGUAGUGGACUCGGUGGAGCCGGUGGCCAUGGAAACAGUCUGGGAGGAGGAAAUGGAGGUGGUCUAGGAGGAGGAUAUGGGGGUGGUCUUGGAGGUGGAGUGGGUGGUGGAUUUGGUGGAUCAGGUGGCUUAGGCAACGGAAACGGAGGUGGUCAAGGUAGUGGACUCGGUGGAGCCGGUGGCCAUGGAAACAGUCUGGGAGGAGGAAAUGGAGGUGGUCUAGGAGGAGGAUACGGAGGCGGUCUUGGAGGUGGAGUGGGUGGAGGCAGCGGUCAUGGCAACAGUCUGGCAGGAGGAAAUGGAGGCGGUCUUGGGAGUGGUUUAGGUGGAUUUGGUGCAUCUGGUGGUCAUAGUAGUGGCAAUGGAGGAGGAAACAGUGGGCCUGGAGGCAGCAGAGGCUGUACAAAUGGAUGUAGUGCAUGCGGCGGCUCUUGUGGUGGACAUGGUUCUGCUAGUAGUUCAGCUUAUGCAAGCGCGUCAGCCUCAGCUAGCGCUACAGCUCAUGCUGGCGGUUAUGGAAAAUGA